AUGCUGUCCGAUCUUCCAAGGGAUUUGGCAGAGGAAGUCCUCAUCAGGCUUCCGAUGACAUGUAACAGAGCAGUGAGAUCUGUUUGCAAAAAGUGGAACACUUUAUCCAAAGCUCGCCGCUUUACAAAGCAGCACAUAGCUCAAGCUCAAGCAGCAACGGAGUUCAUGGUGGUCAUGGUGAUAAGUUAUCGGGUUUAUUUGAUGAGCGUUAACCUCGAAAAGGGCGUCGAACCAUCUAUAAACCGUCAAGGUUCGUUGUUUGGAAUCCGUACUCUGGCCAACCCCGGUGGUUCAGACCAUUCCCUUCGCCCUGGAUUCGGCGGCUACAAGUAUGCUAUAGGAUACGAGAAUAGCAAAUCACGCCGCAACUACAAAGUUUUGAGAUGUGGGGACUAUUCCCAUGGGAAUGUUCUGUAUGAACUUUACCACAUCAACUCUUCCAAGGCUGGUAUUACAAUCCCUAUCCAUAUCUUUCCGGACUGGACUAUAGAGUGUUACGCACGCGGCGUGUCUCUCAAGGGAAAUACUUAUUGGUUUGCUCAGCAGGAGAUGCCAGCAGACCUACUUGAGAUUGACAGAGCAGAGAGAGAUGAGCAACUUGCAGUAUUAUAUCAGCACCAGGAUACAUUACGUAUGGAGAUAUGGAUUACCACUAAGUUUGAGCCUCAAGUUGUGUCGUGGAGCAAGUUGUGCUUCUUAGCGGUGGAUAUGGAACCACUCAUUGGUUAUCAAUUUGACGCCGCGAGUUUCGUUGUUGACGAGGAGAAGAAAGCCGCCGUGGUUGUUGAUUUGCUUGAUGUUCCCCGAAAGUCGGAGAUGGUCAUGUUAGCUUAUAUCAUUGGAGAGGAUGGAUACUUCAAAAAAGAGGACUUGCGAGCACCGUCAAACAACUAUUUUUACCCACUCGUGUACCCUUUUGUUCCAAGUUUAGCGCCAAUCAAACUAGGCGGCAAAAGGAAGAGGAAGAGGAAGAAACACCAGAUUUUGUGUUGA